AUGGAGCAGCCACAGAAACAGCGUAGAGCAAUCCUCCACCGGAUGCUUAAAGCCAGGAUAAGGUCUUUGGAGGGAAAUGACUGGCUGGGAUAUCUGCCCUAUAACUCCGUUGUUACACGGGAGCUGCUGGAACCCGUCUGCUCGUCGGACAGGAAUCCCACCCUUUCUAUUUGCGGGAAUCUGGUGGGAUCCGCACAAAGAACGGUCGUAUAUUCCAUCGGAAUCGCGUGUUUGCUGCAGGGGAUUGACCGCGUAGAACAUUAUUGGAUGAAGCAAUGUGCUUCAUACCUGGGGCCCAUUCAGCUCAAUGCUUCCGUAUCCUCAAGAGGCUGGUUGACAAAGGACGGAAUGGCAAAGUCCUUCCGGCUGGACAACCCGAACACGUCUGGGUAG